UUGAUGGAAAGAAGAACAGGAUGGAUCUGGUGCUGAGAAAAUGCCUUUUCCAUGCGGCUGUGAUGGGUGCUCUUCUGGCUGUGGGGGCCACAGAAGGACCCAGAGACCCGGACUGGCUUGGUGUCUCAAGGCAGCUCAGAACUAAAGCAUGGAACAGGCAACUAUAUCCAGAGUGGACAGAAAGCCAGGGGCCUCACUGCUGGAGAGGUGGCAAGGUAUCUUUGAAGGUCAGCAAUGAUGGGCCUACAUUGUGCGGAGCAAACGCCUCCUUCUCUAUUGCCCUGCACUUCCCUGAAAGCCAAAAGGUGCUGUCAGAUGGGCAGGUCAUCUGGGCCAACAACACCAUCAUUAACGGGAGCCAGGUGUGGGGAGGACAGCCAGUGUAUCCCCAAGAACCUGAUAAUACCUGCAUCUUCCCCGAUGGGAGGGCCUGUCCGUCUGGCCCUUCACCUCAGAGAAGCAGCUUUGUUUAUGUCUGGAAGACCUGGGGCCAAUACUGGCAAGUUCUGGGGGGCCCAGUGUCUGGACUGAGCAUUGGGACAGGCAAGGCAGUGCUGGGCACACACAUCAUGGAAGUGACUGUCUACCACCGUCGGGGGUCCCAGAGCUACGUAUCCCUCGCUCACUCCCGCUCAGCCUUCACCAUUACUGACCAGGUGCCCUUCUCUGUGAGCGUGUCUCAGCUGCAGGCCUUGGAUGGAGCAAACAAGCACUUCCUGAGAAAGCAGCCUCUGACCUUUGCCCUCCGGCUCCACGACCCCAGUGGCUAUUUGGCUGGGGCCGACCUCUCCUACACCUGGGACUUUGGAGACAGUACUGGGACCCUGAUCUCUCGGGCACUUGUGGUCACUCACACUUACCUAGAAUCUGGCCCAGUCACUGCACAGGUGGUGCUACAGGCUGCCAUUCCUCUCACCUUCUGUGGCUCCUCCCCAGUUCCAGGCACCACAGCUGGGCAUGUGCCAACUGCUGAGGCCCCUGGCACCACUGCUGGCCAAGUGCCUACUGCAGAAGUCAUAGCCACUACACCUGCUCAGGUGCCAACUGCAGAGCCCUCUGGAACCACAGCUGUGCAAGUGCCAACUGCAGAGGGCACAGGUACCACACCUGAGCAGGUACUAACCUCAGAAGUCAUAAGUAUCACACCUGCAGAGAUGCCAACUGCAGAGGCCAUAGGUACGACACCUGAAGUGUCAACUGCAGAACCCUCUGGAACCACAGUUGCACAGGUAACAACUACAGAGCUGGUGGAGACCACAGCUGGAGAGGUACCCACCCCUGAGCCUGACAGUCCAGAUGCCAGCCCAUUCUUUUCUACAGAAGGUAUUACAGGCUCCCAGAACCCCCUGCUGGAUGACACAGCCACCUUAACCCUGGUGAAGCGACAAGUCUCCCUGGAUUGUGUUCUGUAUCGAUAUGGCUCCUUUUCCCUCACCCUGGAUAUUGUCCAGGGUAUUGAGAGUGCUGAGAUCCUACAGGCUGUGCCAUCCAGUGAAGGAGAUGCAUUUGAGCUGACUGUGUCUUGCCAAGGCGGGCUACCCAAGGAGGCCUGCAUAGACAUCUCAUCGCCAGGGUGCCAGCCCCCUGCCCAGCGGCUGUGUCAGCCUGUGCCACCCAACCCAGACUGCCAGCUGGUUCUGUACCAGGUACUGAAGGGCGGCUUGGGGACCUACUGCCUCAAUGUGUCUUUGGCUGACGCCGACAGCCUGGCAAUGGUCAGCACCCAGCUUGUCAUGCCUGGUCCAGAAGCAGGCUUCGGGCAGGCUCCCCUGUUCUUGGGCAUCUUGCUGGUAUUGAUGGCUUUGCUGCUCGCAUCUCUGGUAUAUAGGAGAAGACGUACGAAGCAGGGCCCAGCUCUCCCCCUUCGCCAGCUGCCACCUGGCAGAACCCAGUGGCUACGUCUGCCCUGGGUCUUCCGCUCUUGCCCCAUUGGUGAGAGCAGCCCCCUCCUCAGUGGGCAGCAGGUCUGAGUACUCUCACGUGAUGUCAUGAUUUACCCAGCGUGGACAGCAAUGCCUAUCUUUUCUCCAGUCUUCCCU